UCUUCCAUGAGUUCCAUCUUCUUUUCUCUGCAGUUUUAGCUACAUGAACUAAAAUUAAAGAGGAAAUUAAAUGGGGUUUUCUCAAAGAUUGUCAUCAAUCAUCUACUUAAUUUAUACCUUCGCCGUAAUCUUUCUAGCAUCAGCAGCUGAUCCCAGGCAGUUCCCCUUUACCUCAUUCAGUGAAAAAACCGACCAGGAUAUAUUCCAUUUCGGCUCGCCUUAUUCUUCCAUCGAUCAAGGGGCACUUCAGUUAACCCCAGACACUGAGAAUGGAGAUGUCAGCUAUUUCAACAAGUCCGGCAGGAUCAUGUAUCACAAACCUUAUAGGCUCUGGUCAUCUGACGAUGUAGAAGAAGAUGAAGUUGCCUCCUUCAACUCAACUUUCCUCAUGAACAUCUUCCGAAAAGAAGAGUGGACUGCCGGUGAGGGGUUUGCUUUUCUUAUAGCCUCGGAUUGGAGCAUUCCUCAAAACAGUCAUGGGCAGUGGCUAGGCCUCACCAAUGCCACCACUGAUGGUAACACUACAAAUUACAUGGUUGCCAUAGAAUUCGACACAGGAAAGCAAGAUUUCGACCCUGAUGACAACCAUAUAGGCCUCAACAUCAACUCUGUAAUAUCAAACAAGACUGUUUCUCUUGACCCUUUCGACAUUGAGAUAUCACCGGAAGUAGGCACCAACUACACCGUGUGGGUGCAAUACGAUGGCAGUACCAAAGUUCUUGAAGUUUACAUGGCUAAGCGCAUCAUGACCAUCCCAGCAGUAAGGCCCGAGAUACCACUUAUGAGGGAGACGAUAAACUUGAGAAGUUACCUAAAGCAAGACUCGUACUUUGGAUUUUCCGGUUCCACAGGUAGCGCGGCCAAACAACUAAACUGUGUUCUGGAAUGGGAUCUAAAGGUUCAAAUAUUCAAGACCAAAAAGAAUAAGAUUUUGUUGAAGGUUGGUGUCCCAGCAUUGGUUUUGUUAGUACUAUUUGGUGUCAUUUUGGGAGCUGUCUAUGUGAAAAAGAGGAAAAGAACCAGUCUUGAGGAGUCCCUUGUGCUUGUGACACUAAAGAGAUUGCCAGGAAUGCCGAGGGAGUUCAAGUACAAAGAGCUCAAAGAUGCAACUAAUAAUUUCCAUGCGAGUAUGAUCCUGGGGCAAGGUGGAUUCGGCAUUGUUUACAGAGGGACUCUGCCUGAUAGUAAUGAUGCAAAUGGUACUAGUACCUCUGCAGAAAUCGCUGUCAAGCAGUUCUCAAGAGACAGCAUCAAAGGCAAAGAUGAUUUCAUGGCAGAAUUGACCAUUAUUCACCGUCUUCGCCAUAAAAAUCUAGUCCGGUUGGUAGGAUGGUGCUAUGAGAAAGGAAAGCUUCUUUUAGUGUAUGAUUUCAUGCCAAAUGGUAGUGUUGAUGGGCACCUUUAUGGAGCUAAGAACCAGAGUACACUCAAUUGGGAGCGUCGAUGCAAGAUCCUAGCUGGUGUGGCAUCAGCUUUGCAUUAUCUGCAAAACGAGUACGACCAGAAAGUGGUGCACCGUGACCUUAAAGCUAGUAAUAUUUUGCUAGACUCUGAGUUCAAUGCUCGCCUUGGAGACUUUGGCCUUGCCCGAGCCUUGGAACAAGAGAGGAACUCAUAUGCUGAACUAGAACUAGCAGGAGUCGCUGGUACCCUGGGCUAUGUUGCUCCAGAAUGCUUCCAUACAAGAAAGGCUACUCCAGAAUCUGAUAUUUUCAGUUUUGGGGCAGUUGUGCUUGAGAUUGUGUGUGGGAGAAGUCCUGGGAUUCAGAUUGUUCAUGAACAACACCAGUUAUCUUUGGUCGAUUGGGUGUGGAUGUUGCAUCGAGAAGGGUGUAUUGAGGAAGCUGUGGAUGAGCGACUGAACAGUAAUUACGUAUUAGAUGAAGCAAAGAAACUUUUGCUUCUUGGGUUGGCAUGUUCACAUCCUAUAGCCAGUGAGCGGCCUCAAACGCAAGCCAUAUGCCAGAUUAUAUCUGGAACCAUGUCAGUCCCUAGUGUGCCUCCAUUCAAACCUGUUUUCACAUGGCCUUCAAUGAGUAUUGCUAUCGGUACUGCAUUUAGCAGCACUGAUAGUACAGUUUCUAGUAUCCUUUCUAGGAACACACUAUCUCUUCCCUAGUCUAUUAGGCUUAAAAGCUUCUGGGAAGAGGGUUAACUGGUCAAAAUGGUCAGUAAAAUUGUCUCCUGUAACCAUUCUGAUUGGGGAUUUGUACAGAAACCAAAAUGUUUUAGUAACCUAGUGGGCACUUUAUUUAAGAGACUGCUAAGUGUACUAUGGAUUUUCUGGACUCUACUGAGUUAUCAACUAUAAAUCAUAACACUAUCUACCUACAGUACCUGUUAAUCAACCUAAUUAGUUCUGUUUUACCUGUGAUGUAAUGUAACUUACGGCCAG